AUGCUCAAACCUGAUUUGGAAUUAUUGUAUAUAAAAGGCAAUUAAAAAUUUCAAGAUGUUGCCUUUUAACAACCUAUUAGAUAAUGUUAACCAAAAUUGAAUACAAUUAAACUAAAAGGAUUUUAAUAGUUUGUCGAACUAAUUAAUAAAUAAUAGGAAUAGCAACAAUAAUUAAAAACUUGCUCUUAAUGUACUCCUUAAUUGCUACCAACAGUUAUAUCAUAUCCUCCAAGAAUAGAAGUAUCAACCAGAAAAGCAAGUGAAAUGAAACUAUUCGUAAAAAAAAGUUUUACUGAUACUCCUAUUGAAUCUCAUUCUUAAGAAAGGAGCAAAAAAGAAAUUAGGUUGAUUCCUUAAAAAUAAUUUUCGAUAAAAAGAGCAAUAACUUCUAAAAAUGAAGAAAGCAAUAUAAUAUUUGAAUAAAAUGAAUUUCCAAUUCUUAUUGCUUUAUCAAAUAAUUUAAGUGUUUAACCUCCUGAAAGGGCUAUCUAUAAGGCUUUUGUAACAAAAGGAAAUAAUGGAAUCUUGAUUAGAUAGAGUUUAAAAUAAAGAUCAUGGUGGAUUUUGACUGAUUAACCUUGUGAAGAUAUGAAUUUUUAUUGGACAUAAUUAAGAAAAUAAACACAUUAUUAACAAUUAUAAAAAUAGUAAUUAGAAUCAGUAGCAUUUAGUAAAUUUUAGAAGAAACAAAUAAAUGAUAAGUUGAAAUAUAAAAUUGAAGACUCUGAAUAUUCAAUAUUUAAUUAGAGUGUAAAUUUAAAAGUUCAUAAUCAUUUAGAAUAUAAUUUUUAAGUGUGUAAUAAAAAAGCUCUCUUUUAUAACAUGAAAAAUUAUUAUAUUUCCCGUAAUGAAGAUCCAUUUCAAUAUAUUCCUCUUACAUAUCAUAUUUAAGCAGGUCCAAGUGAUCCUGCUUAUUAAGAAUUUGAAUAGUAUGCUCUAACAUAGAAUAUAAAUUUAUGGAUAGUUAAACCAGGAGAAUCUUCUAAUAGAGGUAAUGGAAUCUAAGUUGCUAAUUCAAUUUAAAAAGUUAAAUCAAUUAUUUCUCAAUCCACUAAUCAUCAUAAUGGAAUGAAAAAAACAUUUAUUGUUUAAAAAUAUAUGGAAAAACCUCUUCUAUAUAAUAAAAGAAAAUUCGACAUUAGAUGCUACAUUUUGAUGACCAGUAUCAAUAAUAAAUUUAAAGCUUAUUGGUAUCAAGAAGGCUAUAUCAGAACCAGUUGCAAAGAAUUCUCUUUGGAUGAUGUAGAAGAUAAAUUUACUCAUUUAACUAAUGAUGCAGUUUAGAAAAAGAAUUAGAAUUAUGGAAAAUACGAAACUGGCAAUAAAGUAAGUUCAUAAUAUUUAUUUAGGUUUCUUUUAAUGAGUUUUAAAAAUAUUUAUAAGAUAAUCAUAAUUACAAUUUUUAAAUUAUAAUUGAUUAACUCAAAAAAUUAAGCACUGACAUAGUAAAAGCUACGUAUUAGCAUUUAGAUCCAAACAGACAUUUUUAUACAUUUGAAUUAUUUGGAUUAGAUUAUAUGAUAGAUUAAGAUAUGAAACCUUGGCUUAUAGAAGUUAAUACUAAUCCUUGUUUGGAAACAUGUUGUCCCCUUUUAGCUAGGCUAAUUUCUCAUCUUAUUGAAAAUACAAUUCGAAUUGCUAUUGAUCCUAUGUUUCCACCUCCUCUCAAUAAAAAGAAGCACAUUUUAGAUUAAAAAAGUUUAUUUGAAUUAAUAUUUUCUACUACUUUAGUUACUGAAACAAUUAUGUAACCCAUCAUUAAGGAAGAUGAUGAGGAACACGAUGACGUUGAAGAUGAUAAUUGA